AUGCAGACAUUUGACUCAAACGUCGAUUCACCAUCGGUCUCAGCUACCACUGGUGGGCCACGGAAUCCUGCGAGGACUCGGGCCUUCAAAUCGUCAGGAACAGUGCUGGCUAUCGUCAGCCGCGACUCGUCGAAGAAAACGGCCGAUAUUGUUCACACUUCGCGCACAAGUUUUUCAUCGCCUAUUUCGCGCUUGCCGACCGAAAUUCUUUCGGAAAUCUUCCUUUACUGUCUGCCCGACGACGAGUAUUUGACGUAUGCAUCAGGACAGGCUCCUAUGUUAUUGACAAGAAUAUGUCGCCAAUGGAGGGAGGUUGCUGUGGGCUUGCCCAUGUUAUGGUGCAGGCUACAGUUGGAAUUCUGGUACGAAGACUGGCAGAGAACUUUCCGCCACGAUGACUGGCAGACGAGAGCUUUCGGCUACGACUCCUGGCUCAAGCGAUCGGCAGGAUGUCCCCUCUCGUUAAGACUCGAGUGUGGCACUGAUUGGCGCGAACUACAACGCCUGCUCCAGCCAUACGCUCAGCAAAUCUCGUCUCUCUCGCUUGGCUUUCUAUGCUGCGACGGCCCCUUCAUGAUGGAAGACUUCCACUCACUGAAGGAACUCACUAUCUGCAAAUACAUUUUUGAUGAUCCUCCGCGAGCUAUCAACCGCUCCCUCUCGAAAUUGCCUGUUAAUCUGCGCAGGAUUAAUAUGGAGAAUGUGUGGUUUAAUCGCAAGCGAUUGAAUUCCUUCACUCAUUCGGCAUGGGGCCGUCUCACACAUAUCGAGAUCAACUUAGAUGGACUAUGUGCAUUCACCCGCAUACUCCGACUAUGUCCCAAUCUCUCUUCCCUGAAGGUGAUCGGAGUAUUGCACACGAUUCAGACUGCCAGAUCAGUUACGCACACCAACCUUCAAUCCUUGUGCAUGUCCUGGAGCGUGCUUCGGAACUCAGGCGAGGAUCUUGGCCUAUUCAAGGGUAUCACUUUCCCCAACCUUCGCGUGCUCCAAGUUAAAUAUAGGGGACCGUGGCCACAUGAAGAUUUCCUGGAAUUUUUGACGCGGUCAAAAUGUCCCCUGGAGAGGCUGGUUCUCGACAGUGCGGUGCGGGUGACAUCUCAACAGCGAGAAGAAUAUGCUGCCCUUAUUCCUUCGAUUCAGUUCUCGACGGAGAUGAACUAGCAGAAUGUCCAAU